AUGGGCCCCUGUACCGCCUCCUCAUGCUGCUGCCAGGCCCGUAAUCUGCCAUGGGCCCCCGUACCGCCUCCUCAUGCUGCUGCCAGGCCCAUAAUCUGCCAUGGGCCCCCGUACCGCCUCCUCAUGCUGCUGCCAGGUCCAGAGUGUCUCAUGGGUCCCUGUACGGCCUCCCAUUGCUGCUGUCUCCAUCGCCACACUCUGCCAUGUGCCACUUUCAGGUCUCCUCACACUGCUGGUGGAUUACAUUUUGUCAUAGGGUGCUGUAUGGCCUCCCAUUGCUGCUGCCUCCACCGCCACACUGUGGCUCCACACUCUGGUUUUGGCCCCGUGACUGCCCAAAUGAGUGAAGUGUGCGGUGAUUCUAAGAUCGACGGCACUCAUCUGCAUGUCAUACUGACUGACAGUAUUAUUUCUCUUCCCCAGCAGACUCCAAGGGCAUUUAAAUUAAAGGUACAGUGUUCUGCACUAAUAUAA